AUGAAUGUGUUCAAGAAACCACUGGAUUCCGAGAGAAACUUUCAAGCCUCUCUCUAUAUUGGAAAUUUAGACUCACUUGUCGAUGAAACGCUUUUGUAUGAGCUCUUCAUCCAGCUUGGUCCCGUGAGACUGCUUAACCUACCAAAGGAUCGUAUUCUGCGAAAACAUCAGGGUUACGGAUUUGUUGAGUUUCGAGGUGUUCAAGAUGCUGACUACGCUCUAGAGAUUCUCAGAGGUAUAAGGCUAUAUGGGAGAACCCUCAAGAUGAAGAAGACAGAUCACCAGUCUAAUACCAACGCUCCCUCUAGUGCAGGCGCUGGAGAUGACGUUGGCAUCAGCAUAGGCGCAAGACUCUUUAUAAAGAAUCUCAAUCCGAUUGUCGACGAAAAGUAUCUAAAGGAGACGUUCAAGAAGUUUGGCAACCUUAUAGAAACGCCGCAAAUUGUCAGAGAUGAAGAAGGCUACUCCAAGGGCCACGGCUUUGUGGAAUAUGAUUCGUUCGAGUCCAGCGACGAAGCCAUCGAAAGAAUGAAUGGCGCCAUUCUCAUGAACAACAAAAUCGGCGUAGAGUACGCUUACAAAGAAGGUAGGGCCAAACAUGGUGAUAGUGUCGAGAGACUCUUGGCCGAAAAGGCGAAAACAAAUGUAAAGCGGUCUACCGGAAAACCCAAGAAAGCAAAGAAAACCCAUUAA